CGAAGGCGACACAAGUCCGUGCGAAAUUCUCGCUUCUCGAUUCUCGCCACUCGAUUCUCGAUUUGCUCCACUGCCGAGUCCUGGAAAUCGCGAUAAAACCGAGGACAUUCGUGCGUACGCGUGUGCCCCAGUGUGCGUCUGUGUUUGUGUGUGCUUGUGCUUCAGUGGGAGAGUUGAGCAGUGAAAAGUCAAAUUAUGAAUAAAAUGUAACGAAAAACAAGGACAAGAGAGAUAGAGAGAAAAACAAACAAAAACUGCAAUUGACUAAAAAACAUAAAAACUAAUCUCCCCCCCCUGCCGGCGUGUUCCCAAAUUCAUUUUCGCCAGCAACCAGCCAGCGACUGACUUCCCCCGCUUUCUAGUUGGUUUUGACAAAUUAAAAUGCAUAAAUUAUGAAUGAAAGUACCGUUACGUGCGUGACAACCAAUCAUUUGUUAUUAUUAUGCACGUGGGCCAGCCAGCAAACAAAAACAGUGUGAGGUCUAGCGGGCAAAAAAGUUAACUUGGCUAAAGCCCCAAGCCACGAACAGCCCCACAAAAAAAAAAAAAAAAAAAGAAAACCGGCUAACAAAAACCUUCUUUAAAGUUCUUUGAAAAAGGAGCAGCGGCGAAAGAAAAACGGAAUCGUCAGCGGCAGAAAUAGCAGCAAUAAGAAAACUUCUGCUGAUGUUUCAAUUAAAUACGGUGCGUGAAGAGACGGGAAGAAGGAACACCGGAAGCCAAAACUGAAAUAGAAAUAAAAGAAGGCGAGCUCGGGGAGGCAAACACAAAUAGACGGCCAGGAUAUAACAUGUAAAUGCGACAGUGCCUAUACGUUUUGCUAUGUGGGCGAACGCUUAAUAGGAAAAGCAAAUAGCAACGAGCUCAUGGAAAAUAAAUAUAAAUAAGCCAAAAACACCAACAGCAGAAAGGAAAAGCGACAAGAAAAGCAAUUGGUUGACGCUUUCCCUCGUUGGCGGUCAAGGGAAAUUUAUUGCAUCGCACAAAUGAGACACGAGGAAAACGCAAACGAAGCAAAAGCAAACAUAGAAGCGCGCGGACAUGGACAAGAAAAAUAACCAAAAAUUCCUCAACAAAUUGAAAAAUUAAAGUUUCAUCCAGAAAAGUUGCAGCGAACGAGAAUAGUGAAAAAGCAUGGAUCCUGCAAUACACAAAAAAUAUACAAUCGGCUAUGGCAUCCUCGCCUGGCUGAUUUUUCAACUUUGCUACGAGUUCGCGGAAUGCCUGACAAUGACCGAGAUCAAAAUUCCAAAGCACAUUAUGCGCCACGAGGAUGCCGUGCUCGGCUGCAAGUUCGAUCUGGAUGGCGAGUCGCUGUACUCGGUCAAGUGGUACAAGGAUGGCUUCGAGUUCUACCGCUAUGUGCCCAGAGACAUGCCACCCGGCCAGGUUUUUCCACUGCCCGGAGUCGAUGUUGAGCUGCAAAACUCGACGGACGUCGUUGUUGUCCUGCGCUCAGUUAGCCUUCAGUCAACUGGCCGAUAUCGCUGCGAAGUGUCCGGCGAGGCGCCUUCGUUUCAGACAGUUUCCGGUCACGAGGACAUGAUUGUUGUGGUUACCCCGAAGCAUGGACCACAAAUCACGGGCGGGCAGCCCCGCUAUCAAAUUGGCGACAUGGUGCGCGUCAAUUGCACCUCGGCGGCCUCUAAGCCCGUCUGCCAUCUCAGCUGGCUGAUUAACGGGAUGCACGCGAACCGCUCGUUCCUGCGUCCCUACGAGCCCCUCAUUGUCGGUCGAGAGGGCCUGGAGGUUGCCCGACUGGGGCUCGAGUUCCGGGUGCGCGGAUGACAUUUCAAGCACGGCGACAUGAAGCUAAAGUGUGUCGCCAAAAUCUCCUCCGUGUACUGGCAGAGCAACGAGGAGAGCGUGGAGAGCGACAAGCACCAGCGGAUCCCGGUUCUGGAGUCGCGGGAGACGGUCAUGUCCAAGUCCCGCCAGUCCCUGGACAAGGUGCAGUCCUCCCUCGAAGACAAACAACUGAAGAAGAGCCGACGCCCCGCAGCGGCGACUUCGGCGGCAGCAGCAGCAGCAGCAGCAGCAGCAGCGGCGGCAGCAGCGGCACCCUCCAGUGCAUCCACAUUGGGGUGGGGCUCAUCGGUGCCCUGGUCACGCAUAUUAGCUUCCAAAUCAAUUGCACGCAUUUCCCUCUACGCGCUGCCAGUCUUAAUAGCGUUUCUGUGUAGCCUCUCACCCGUCCUGGGGCGUUGCUGUCAGAGGAGCGGCGCCAACAACAGGAGCAUCAUCAGCAGGAGCAGGAACAGGGGCAACAGCAGCACCGAGGGUAUCACCAACAAAGUCAGGCACCCAAGCAACGCAAACAGGAGCCGGCUGUCGAGCCAAUUAAGUGUCGAGGAUGCUGCUCAGCGGAGAUAACAAUUAACCAAGAGGUUUGGCAUCAAAAGGCCUGGCUACUUGGCCUAAAAUCUCAUCAGGUUCAGUGUGUACAUAUUUGAAAAUAUAUAGAUACAUAUUUUUGCCACAUCACGUAUACGCCGUGUCUCCGGCCCGCUUAACUACUGUGUGUACAUAUCCAUAUUUACCGUAUCUAUGUAUAUCCAUACAUGUAUUAGAGAAGCAUUAAAAUGCGGUUGUUCCUCUGUGGGCUUGUGCUUGUCAGUCUUAGGAAAAUGCUCAAAGGUGUUGGCUGAGAAGUUGAAAACCAAAAGAAAUAUGUUAGAAAAUAAUUUAAAGUAAGUGUAUGCCUGUAUAAAUUAAUAAACUCAAGUAAGUAGCCAAAACUGUAGCAUUUAAGUAUUUUCAAUAAGCGAGAAUUUAAAUCUAUUUAAGUAUAAACAAACAAAAUUAAAUCGUUGAAUUAUAAACCCCUAUAUCAAGGUAAGAGCAAUGUUUUAAUUAGGAAAAUGAUUUUAAUGAACUCUAAUCAAGUCAACUAGCCAAGAUAAACGUAGAUUAAGGUUCAGUUUUUUCGAUUCAAAAGGAGAUUAUUCCAUUCUUCAGUUAACCUUUUCUGCCUUUUUUCAUUAAGUGCUUAAAUUAGAUUGAUAUAAUUUAUUUAAUACUUUUUAUUUCAAAUAAAAAUCUCAUACAUAAUUAUAUAAAUCAUAUUUAUGCAGAAGUAUAUCCCAUUGAUUAACAAAUUCCCCCAUGUUUAAAUGAACUUACCCCUUUCUAUUGUAACUUUUGUCAUAUUUAAAACCCACGUAUUAAAUUAUUUCACUGCACUCAAACGUAUGACGCACAGCUAAAGGCAUAUCUCGGCUUAAAAUAUCUUUGUCUCUCUCUCUUGUGCGAUGAACAAAUUGUUAAAUGUUAACUAGACUAAGGGCCAUAACUAGUGAAAUGAUAUCCAAACUUAGAGAU